CCGACCACCAAUCUGAGACAUCUGCAAGUCGAAUGAGCUGCACCACCAAUGCAAUCGUUUGGACGACUCGAUAUCGACCUUCUGCUGAGUAAACAAUGGUAAGAGGGCGAGGCGCAAGAGUGAAAGAUGCAGUUUCUUUAAGCUCGCCCUUAUCUCAGCACGUCCGACUCCGACCGUCUCGCAUACCCGGCACCAGCUAUUGUUGGCAGUCAAAACGUCAAAUGCUGCUGUGGCUGCGGUACGAUUCAAGCCAUUACCGAGUAGAGACUCGAGUAGUCGUGAAGAGAAAGAGGUAUGACAGCUCUUCAACUGUGGAUCUUCCUGACGUAAAGACAUAUCUGCCGAAACUUCAAUCCGCACAAGCAUAUCUGAAGACUCUCGAUCUGCAAGAUACCUUUGAGAAUCUGUUUUCGCAUUAGCAAUCUCAGAACGCCACCGCAAACGUCAUCGGGCAUAACGGUCUUAAGCCGGCGAGUCCAGGUACCUGCAUUUCGAAGUUGAGAUUGACAGACAUUCCCCAAUAAGCCCAUCAUAGAUCAAGGCCGAUUUCUUUCGCUUUCGUUGCAAACUCCAAAGGGAACUCAGUGAAGCAUGGAUCCAACUUCAGGAGUCAAUUUCGUGUCGACACUUCGCCAUGAUACAUACUCGGAGAUUGACCCUCUCAAGGCAGACCUGAGUGGGAAGAACGUGCUCAUCACCGGCGCCAGCAAAGGAAUUGGCAGAGCGACAGCACUAUCCUUCGCUAAAGCAGGAGCCUCAGGGAUCGUCCUCCUCGCACGGUCCGACUUGGCUUCACUCGAGUCUGAGAUUCUCGAGACCGCCAAAGCAGCAAACCGCUCCGCGCCAAAAGUCCUACGCCUGGCCGUCGACACCACGGAUCGAGCUCAAGUCGAAAAAGCCGCCAAGGAAGUCGAGUCUUCGCUCGGAAGCAUCGACAUCUUGAUCAACAAUGCCGGGUAUCUCGAAGAAAAUCGUCCCCUCGUCGAAUCAGAUCCCGACGAAUGGUGGUACGUGUACGAGGUCAACGUGAAAGGUGUCUAUCUCGUGACGCGAUCUUUCUUGCCGUUGGUGCUGAAAAGCAAGGACAAAACCGUCAUUGUGACCUCGAGUAUCGGCGCUGUCACCACGAGGGCAGGAUUUUCGGCGUAUCAGAGCACCAAGACCACUGUCCUUCGGCUUAAUGACUUCCUCAUGGCCGAGUAUGGCAGUCAGGGACUGCUAGCCUACGGCAUCCAUCCUGGAGGUGUCAUGACCAAGCUUGCGCAGAACAUGCCCAAGGAGCUGCAUGGAGUCUUGACGGACAAGCCUGAGCUGGCAGGAGACUCAUUGGUGUGGUUGACUAAAGAGCGCAGAGAAUGGCUCGCGGACCGGUAUAUCAGCGUCAAUUGGGAUGUCGGCGAGCUUUUGGCGAAGAAAGAGGAGAUCCUCCAAAAGGACUUGCUCAAGAUCAGGCUGCGUGUAGGAGUGUAGGAGUGUAGGAGAGAAUACCUAGAAGCCACCCAGGGAGCUAUGACCAUAAUACUGUACGUACUCUUGGCCUAGUGAGCCCAUGAUGGCCCC